AUGAAGUACGCCUACGCUAUGCUGCCGGCUCUGGCCGCGGCCUCGCCCAUGAUCCAGGUCGGCACCAUCCACAACGAUGCAGCUCCCAUUCUGUCGUCGACUCACAGCAAGGAAAUUGCCGACAGCUACAUGGUUGUCUUCAAGAAGCACGUCAAGCACGAGCACACAAAGGCCCACCACGACUGGGUCCAGAGCAUCCACACAAAGGCCCAGAGCGACCGCAUGGAGCUGCGAAAGCGCUCCCAGUUCCCCAUCACCUCGGACGUCUUUGAGGGUCUCAAGCACACAUACAACAUCGCCGGCGGCAUCCUCGGUUACUCGGGUCACUUCGACGAGGAGACCAUCGAGGCCAUCCGCAGGCAUCCUGACGUCGACUACAUCGAGCGUGACUCCGAGGUCCACACCCUUGGUGGUGACGACUACGAGACGGAGAAGAACGCCCCGUGGGGUCUCGCUCGUAUCUCGCACCGCGACUCGCUGAGCUUUGGUACCUGGAACAAGUACCUCUACUCGGCCGAUGGCGGUGAGGGUGUCGACGUCUACGUCAUCGACACUGGCACCAACGUCAAGCACGUCGACUUCGACGGCCGCGCCCACUGGGGCAAGACCGUCCCCAACGGCGAUGCCGACGAGGAUGGCAACGGUCACGGCACUCACUGCUCUGGCACAGUCGCCGGAAAGAAGUACGGUGUCGCCAAGAAGGCCAACGUCUACGCCGUCAAGGUCCUCCGCUCCAACGGCUCUGGCACCAUGUCCGACGUCGUCAAGGGUGUCGAGUGGGCUGCCCAGGCUCACACCGACACCGUAAAGGCCGCUAAGAACGGCAAGAAGAAGGGCUUCAAGGGCUCUGCUGCCAACAUGUCUCUCGGUGGUGGCAAGUCUACCACGCUUGACCUCGCUGUCAACGCCGCCGUCGAUGCCGGCAUCCACUUUGCCGUUGCUGCCGGUAACGACAACGCAGACUCGUGCAACUACUCGCCCGCUGCUGCUGCCAACGCUGUUACUGUCGGUGCCUCCACUCUCCUUGAUGAGCGUGCUUACUUCUCCAACUACGGAAAGUGCAACGACAUCUUCGCCCCUGGCCUCAACAUCCUUUCCACAUGGAUCGGCUCUGAGCACGCCACCAACACCAUCUCUGGUACCUCGAUGGCCUCGCCCCACAUUGCUGGUCUCCUCGCCUACUACCUGUCCCUCCAGCCCGCCAAGGACUCGUCCUUUGCGGUUGCCGACAUCACGCCCAAGAAGCUCAAGGCUAACCUUAUUGCCGUCGGUACCACCGGUGCCCUCAAGGACGUGCCCUCCAACACCGCCAACAUCCUCGCCUGGAACGGUGGAGGCUCUUCCAACUACACCGAGAUCGUUGAGAAGGGUGGCUACAAGUCCACAAAGGCUGCUGAGAAGGAGCCUUCCGAGUACACCAUCACCAUCCCCUCGGUCUCUGAGAUUGAGAAGGAGGUCGCUGAUGAGUUCGAGAAGGCCAAGGGCGCCGCCGGCCGUGCCACCCACCGCGUCGGCGGCAAGCUCUCCAAGCUCGAGUCCGAGAUUGAGGACUUUGUUGCUGAGGAGAUGGAGGUCAUGUUCAAGGAGUUCAAGGAGCGUGUCGCUCGCGAGUAA